AUGGAAAAUGUCAGCCUCCCAUCAGCUAGCAAACCAUUACCCGAUGAAAACAGCUAUGACCAUCGCUACUCAACAUUUCAAUUGGCAAUGCUAUCGCUCAUCUUCUCAGUCAUCAUAACUGUGACUGUCAUCGGGAACAUCUUGGUGAUCGUUGCCUACAUUCGAGAUUCACGCAUACGAGCGACCGUGUCGAAUCUGUUCAUCCUGAACCUCUCCAUCACCGAUGUCCUCGUGGGUGUGUUCAGUCUGACCUUUAACCUCUCAAGGUUCAUCAAAGGCUUCUGGCCGCACGGUGAGAUCAUAUGUAAGCUGUGGUCAGUCUUGGACUAUUCGGUGGUCAAUAUCUCAUGGCUCUCUAUUAUCCUUAUCAGCCGGGACCGCUAUCUUCUGGUGAGCAUGGGUCUGAAGUACCAGAACUAUCAGACUAAGAAGCGAGUUGGACUGACCCUAGUUGUCAUUUGGACCAUCGUGGUUACUUUCUGGGUUUUGGUAGCGUUUGCCUGGAGUCCUAUAACUGGGUCAUACAGCGUGAAUUACAAAACUACCUGCUUCAUGGAAUAUCUAACCAAUCCUAUAGCGCCGAUUUUCAUAAACCUGGUCUAUUUCUGUAUUAGUUUCGUCCUCGUUUUUGUCAUUAACAUUGCUGUCUACUUGAAAGUUCGUCAAAGGUCUAAAGGAACUGUAGGACAGGGUCCGCCAACAAACCAAUCAGCAGAAUCUAUGUCUCGCAGGAACAGUGCCUGUCGAGCAGUACUAGUUGGAGAAAGUCACCUUGGCGAUCCCGGGACAGCUAAUCCAGGACAAAGUGGCCCAGGUAGUUCAGCCGAUAUCACUAUACAUACCACUGCCGGACCUACCACAUCCCAUUUGGAGCGAGCCGUCCCCGGUAACAGUGAAAGGGCCCAGAAGGUGAGGAAUGAUCGGAAGGCACUUGUCAAGCAUCAGAAGGCUGCCGUAGUCUUGGGCAUUCUUACAGGAUGUUUUCUACUCUGUUGGUUGCCCUACAUAGCAACAAGCGUUAUGUUCUCAUUCUGCGGAGACGCAUGCAUACCUACUAUUUUGUUAAAAGGCCAGGAAUACAAGUUCAUCGAACUUAAAGGUCACCGCAAAGUAUUGUGGGACUGCUAG